UUGUUGUUGUUGUUGUUGUAGUUGUUAGUUGUCGCUGAUGUUGUUGUAGUUGUUGCCGUUGUCGUUUGCCGUUCGAGUGAUUUGGAAAUUCAAUUUUCACACUUAGUGCCAUCGGCCGACGGUUGGCGGCGGUUUGUCCGACUCAAUUCGUGUGUUUAGCUCAACUAAUUAGAGCGGACGGCCACACGGCGGAUGGGCUAUAUCCACCCGCCUGCUAAUUGCUCGGCAUUUACGUGCACUGCAAGGUGGAAGCCGCCAGGACACUCCGACUCUCCCCCUUCCCCACCACCUUCUGGAGCUCCGCAAACAUUUGCAUUCACAAAUAUGCAACCGACGACAAACAAACAGCCAAACAAGCGGAGCAACUGGAAUAAAAAAUGCUGCAUGGCGGCAGGCGCAAAGUGUGAUGAAGCUUUCGAGGAAGGGGGAUUGGGUUUCAGUUUGGCUCUGGGUUCGGGUUCAGGCGGUUGGGUUAUUUCGGAGUGGACUGCGGAGCCAGCUAAGCCAAAAACGACAAACGAGGAACGAGGAACGAGAAACGCAACUGGCAGCGGCAAAAGUUUAGAUGCAACAGCAAAAACAACAAUAACAACGGUAAUAAGUUGAGCAAAUUUUUGCAUUUAAGUGUAAAUAAAGUUGGCCGCUCCGUGGGAGUGUGUGUUUGUGCUAAAAACCAUUGCAGAAAAACAAACAAGUUAUGGAAAAGUUGGCUAAAACCACCGCAGGCCACAAUUGUUGGCUGCUUAAGUAUGAAUAUUUUGCGCUUACAUUUUUCAAAUAAAUAUGGAAUUGCAAACAAUCCACUGAAGAUUAAAGUCAAGGAUUUGCCCAGUCCCUCUAGCAUGCGGGUUAAAUAAAUGCUGAAUAUAGCAAUGUAACCCUUUACAACUUGUAUAUUUAUGUGUUGCAUUUCUACAAAUAACUAAACGAAAUCUCUGCAACCUAAAAGUAAACAUGUAAUUUCAUUAUCCUUUUUAUUAUUUAUGCCUUUUAAGUGAGUUAUGAGCUUUGAACGAAUACUGUUGGGAAUCAAUAGUUUUUUAAGAGAAUUUCUUGAAUGCUGGCACAGACGAAAUGAAGAACUUGGCUUCAGACGGUAUUAAGGCAUUUUUGAGAUUCCCCUAAAUAUGAAUUUAAAUCAAUUGAUUCCCCAAGGUCGCUGGAAACCUCUUUUCACUGAGAAGUAAAGUUAAAGUGCUCAUUUUAUUUUAUUUUGCCUAAGCCCCUUGCAUUUCGUUUUACACAGCUAUGUGAGAUCAUCUUUACGACAAUAUUAUUACUUAAAACGCAUUCAUUUGGCUCCGGUCUCCCGCCUUUUGGGCGCCCACGUUACCCCACUUAAUUCAGAGCCGGGCCAAAAAACUUUUUUACACCUUUGCCGACAAAGGAAAUCCUGAAAAUCCGGCACUGCUGCCACCCCGGAGCAUAAAUCAAGGGGGCAGGCCGUAUUGUGGGCGUGGCCGGUCGGAAUAUGAUAUCAACAGCAGGCGGUAUUCGGAAUUCGGCAAAUCGUGCGUUAAAACAAACUUUGCGCAAACUUUUGCGAGUAAAAUCUCACGCGUUCCUGGGGAGGAAGUGGGCAGGUUGGUUAAGUGGGGCCACUUGGGUGGUGCUGGUGCUGGUGGGUCGGCGGGACUUAAGGGGGUCGCUGGGCUGGGCUGGCCUGGUCCGUGGCUCCACAAAUGUGUGCCAAACUGUAAAAACCAUUGCUAAUGGACUUCUGGGAGGCGGGCAAAGCCAACUGUCGUCGCCUCCGUCGCCAUCUCGGGAAUCUGUCGCUGACAUUUGGCAGUCGGAGCUGGAAUCCAGUUGCAGAGCCCCGUUCGACCCGCUGGCUUCCCGCACCCCUGGCUUAUUUAAAUUACAAUGAGACGGCUGCCUGCGCGCAAAUACUUCGGGCCAAAGUUGUGCGCACAACGGCCGGCGGAGCUUGGCAAACAACUUGGCCAACUUGUAAAUUGAAGUUCGAAUCGGGAGCUGGGAGCUGGGAGCUGGAGUUGGGAGCGGAGUCGCCGGGCAGGAUAGUUCUGAGCUGUUAAGCAUGUCGCCGCCCAUUCAUGGCCAAAGGCUCUCGAAAUUGUGAUUACAUUUGCGCCACUUUGCGUGCCCAUAGAUCUGGGCCACUUUAAUUUAAUGAACACACCGUUGAAAUUAUGAAAGCGACCGCAAACCAAAAGCCGAAAUCGAAAUGCUCACUCAAUAACAAACUGGGCUGCGGAUUGCGGAACGGGGUAAAUUGGCUAAUUGAUUGGAUUGGUUUAUGAAGAGGGAUGUGCGGAUAAGUGAAUUUAUAAAUUGAAAUGAGCUUCAAUAAAUUGAAAGACGGCGGGGAAUACUCAUUGCAGUUUACAAGCAAAGCAAAGUUUUAAAAGCUUUUAAAUAUUAAAAGUAUGUAAUUUAAUAACCUUUAACUUCUCCCCAACGAAUUCCUUUAUAUUAAGAUUUUAAACCACAAUUUAUAUAUGGUUAGGAACAGAAUGCACUUCUCGAAAUGGGAAGAAAAGGAAUUCUCCUUUUGAUAGAAUACGAGAUUGGUUCACUUGUUGUUUGUUUGCACUUUCAAGCCCUUUAAUUUCUAAGAUGUCAAAAAGUUCACAAAUUGAAUUUGCCACAAAAUGGCAAGCAGAAGAGUACAAAAGUUUCGUAGCUGCUCCGAAAUUCCCCGAAAAUAGUUUUGCCGCCGUAAUUGGCUCGCAAUAACAUAUUUUGGCCCAGAAAUUGCGGCGAAAUGGAUCAGCAGCAGCUCGACAUGGACAUGUGCUGGCCCAAAAUUAAAUGCGAGUCAGCCUGGCUCUCGGCUGCGUGGCAUGCGAGGCACGUUGGCGACGAUGACGUGAGUCUUGGAGGGCUUCGCCGAGAUGGAACCGGAGUUUUGCGGGAUGGGGAUGGGGAUGGGCGGUUGUUGAUAUUAAAGCCACAUUAACAUUGAGCUUGAUGGCUGCUUUGAUGGGCCACGAUACGUUUUUAAAUGCGCGAAUAUUGUCAGUUGUCGCAAACGGUUUCGGAUUCACAUACAGUUUCGGAUUCGGAUUCGCACUGGGAUCGAGUGAGUUAUCAUAACCCCAGGCGAAGGCGACCUUGCGACCGUUGCGUUGCUGAAUUCUGAUGGGAGAAUCGGAGGCGCAGUGCGCAUAAAUAGCGCGGCACCCACAGCAGCCGGCACAAACCGUUAGCACUCGUCCGGCAACCAGCAACAUGCAGAGCCCACCCAUCCUCAUCCUGGCCAUGUGCCUCCUGGCGAUCUCCUCCGUGUCCGCCAUGCCGCAGCGCCGGGUGAAGAGCCAGCGCCAGGUGGAGUACUCCUCCACCCCGUACCCCGCGGCCGGCUUCCGGCCCAGGAUCCCCUUCAACCUGCCCGGCGAGCCCGAGCAGCAGCCCAAGCUCGAGACGGAGCCCCUGACCACCACCACCAGCACCGCGACCCCCACCGAAGUGGAGACGCUGGAGAACACCGAGCCCCUGAGCACCACCGAGCAGCAGCAGCCGCAAGAGGAGACGGAAACCGAGGCGGACCUGGAGGUGUCCGUCCGCAUCCCGGCCAACACAUACGGAGUGCCCGCGGAGCAGGAGCCCCAGGAUGCCCAGGACACCGUGGAGGUGGUGGCCCAGGAGCCCGCCCGUGACUUUCAGCCACCCUCGCUGGAUGCCGUCGAGGACUUUGCCGCCGACAGCGCUUUGGCUGCUGGCGGCGAGCAGCCUGUUGCUGAUGUCCCUGCCCUGGGCCAAGCGGAGCCGGAGGACAGCGAGCCGGAGGUGAUUCCGGAGGCCAAGGCCGUUGCCCCCGCAGAGACCUACGGCCCCCCGGCCACCACCUACGGAGUGCCCGAGCUGGGCGAGCCCCAGAACGAGUUGGACGCCGAGGAGUCGCAGGUGGAACUCGUGGAAGAGGAGGAGGCGCUGGCCAACGAGCUGGCUAGCGGUCGCCUAAUCCUCCUGCCCCUCGGCGCCAGGGGAGCGCAGUUCGGUCGCCUCGUCCUGGCCGUCGAGCAGCCACGUCAGCGCCUGAGGAGCGAGCGCCUCAGGAGGAUCUAG